ACUCCAGCCUGGGCGACAGUGAGACUCCGCCUCAAAAAAAAAAAAAAAAAAAGGAAGUCUUUCGGAUUCCAAAAUCAGUCAAAAUCAGCGCUCUACACCUUCGGGCGCCGAGGGACAGCGCCCCGUGCGCGCAGCCAGCCUUUUCCCUACAGCUUCAACGGAACCAAGGUAAAUUCAAUCAUUGAACCCGGGCCCUUUAAGAAGCGAGCAUGAAGGGGCGGGGUCGAACCAAGCCCCACCUCUGGAGCGUCCGCGGUCGGCGCCUGAAUUACAACACGCAUGCGCCAAGCCCACGCGGUUCCGGGUCCCAAGAUUUGGCUCCAAGAGCUAUUCGCAGAGAAACAGCCUCGCACAAAAAGCCACCGCCCCCGAAACCCGCGGGAAAUCUGUUUCCCGUGAGAGGCCUGGCCUCCGGGCAUUGGCGGUUUCCCUGAUCCUCUCUCCCAAAUUUUCCGGCAGGGGAUUGAUCGAGGCGACAUUUAGGACUGGGGUGGGCGAGGGAGUGGCGGUUCUCGUCCCAAGUUACAGGUGAGGACGUGCAGGCCAAGGCGUAGGCAAGAUCGCGCCGCCCUGUAGCUUGAGGCGGCGCCGGGAUUCGAACCAAGGCUGUGCCCAAUCCUAAGCCCUGCGAGGUCUUGUGGAACCGACAUGACCCACUCUUUGGUUUGUCCAGAGACAGUGAGCAGGGUGAGUUCAGUGCUAAAUCGCAACACUCGGCAGUUUGGAAAAAAACAUCUUUUCGACCAGGAUGAGGAGACAUGUUGGAACUCAGACCAGGGCCCCUCCCAGUGGGUGACGCUGGAGUUUCCCCAGCUCAUCCGUGUCUCCCAGCUGCAGAUCCAGUUUCAGGGUGGCUUCUCCAGUCGCCGGGGCUGCCUGGAAGGUUCACAGGGCACUCAGGCUCUCCGCAAGAUUGUAGAUUUCUACCCUGAGGACAACAACUCGCUUCAGGCUCACACUUUCCCCAUACCAGCUGCUGAAGUGGACCGGCUGAAGGUGACGUUUGAGGAUGCCACUGACUUUUUUGGCCGUGUGGUCAUCUACCACCUGCGGGUGCUUGGGGAGAAGGGGACAAACAGGGACCCUUGCAGAGACCUGCAUUACAGAGCAAAGCUGGGAGAACCGAGGCCUCAUCCCAGGAACCUCAACUUCCCCUAAGUUUGUAAAAAUGCACUUUUGUAGCUUUUCAGAAUUAAUAUAAGAAUAUUUCCUACCAAGCAAAAUGUGUGAAUUGUGACUUUUAUGAAAAGAUGAGCCUG